AUGGACACCAAGAUCAGUUAUCGCUCUCUCGAUGACCCAGAUCGCUCUUUCAGACUGAUCAAACUCCAUCCGUCAAAGGAUAAUGAAAUUGCUACCUCAGACAAUCUUGUUUGCGACAUUGAGGAGCACUUUCGCGGUGAUUGUCCACCCUAUACCGCACUCUCAUACGUUUGGGCCGCACCAGAGAGCAAAAAGGAAGACAUCAUAGCGAAUGGGAUCAAGGUUCAAAUCAGCCAAACUGUCGAAAAUGCCCUCCGUCGACUACGAUUCCGGCAGAAACCCCGAUGGUUGUGGGUUGACCAACUUUGCAUCAACCAAGUUGACGAGACCGAGAAGAGUUCCCAAGUUCACCAGAUGCACAGCAUUUACAGCGAUGCAGACCAAGUUAUUUCGUGGCUCGGAACUGGGGACGAGAAAAGCGAUCUUAUAUGCCGCUUGAUGCGGGAUACGGGUCGAGCUAUCCGUCAAAGAGACAUUGAGGCUCUCAAAAAGCUUUACGGCAAAGAUGGGUCUGUGAACCUGGCUGCUGCCAAAGAGGCGCUUCACGGCUUCUGUGAACGAAGAUAUUGGACACGACUCUGGGUCCUUCAAGAGUUUGCCGUCGGUCGACGCGUCGCUGUAGCGUGCGGUGAUUGGAUUGUCAAAGCCGAUCUCAUCACCGCCACCUUGUGGGCUGUCGACAUUAUUCAGCGUCACUCCCGUAAGAAACCCAUCGAGGGACUUGACAUUAUUCGGAAGAACUACGAGUUUGUGUUUGAAAGCCCACUCAUCAGUUACGUUUAUAAUCUCUUUACGAGGAGAGCGUUAUUCCGACCACCAUCGAGCGAUACGCAGUCGUCGUAUGCGGACCCCUUGCUCAAAGUCAUCGCGACUUCUCUCUCAUUAGAGGUGGACUAUAACUCGGUUUUCUCAUCAGAUCCGAGGGACAGAGUUUUCGCAUUGCUGAACUUGGCUGCCGACAAGGAUCAUUUUGACACAUUUCCCGACUACUCUAUGUCGAUUGAAGAAGUGUACAAAGAGGCUGCGCGCAAGAUGCUGCUACAGGGCGACAUCGACGUACUGCUGUACUGCCAAACCCCGAGAAAGAUCAAGUCUCUUCCGAGCUGGGUGCCAGAUUGGGAAAUGGAAGUACGACAUCCCUGCGCCCAACCUCCGUGGUCAACUUCAUUUGAAGCAUCGGGUGGCCAAACUUCGAUGCCAACAUUUCCUUCUGAGGAUCUUGUGACGCUGGAGGGGAUAUAUAUCGACACGAUCAAAGAGACGGGAGAGACUUGGGAUCCAAAUUGGCUGGAAAAGGUUGAUAAAGCCGCGGUGGCUUCAUAUGUGGAAAGCAUCAGGGGCUUCUGUGACCGCUCACCAAGAAUCCAUGUGGGCCGCGAAGGCGCUGAUACAUCUAGAAUCGCCAUCCUCGAUGGGACUUUAUGGUUUACCUCGGUGCCGUAUCCGGAAUGGGGAACCGAAUGCGCAGCAGCUGUCGAUGAGCUCCUACAAUCACCCGCAAACGGCGAUGAGUCGACAAAGAUCGACACUUGGUAUUCCAGAACAUUGCUUCGUCUACACACGCGACGCGCCUUUUUAACAUCAACUGGUUAUGUUGGUGUUGGUCCCCUUGACACCAGGGUUGGGGAUGAAGUCUGUGUGUUUAUUGGAGGAAAUGCUGCGUAUGUUGUGCGGCCUGAGGAAAAUGAGUUGCAGUCACUAGUUGGGGAGGCCUAUGUGCACGGAGUUAUGUAUGGAGAACUAUUAAAGGGCGGUUUUGAGCAGAGAAAGCUAUAUACUUUGAGAUAA